AUGAAUAAAAUCAAUAAAUAUUAUAGUAAUACUAACAUAAUAAUUACCAUUUAUUUGGAAGCAGGAAUUGGUGUUUUAGCAAACACCAUCCUUCUUCUCUUCUACAUCCUUCUGCGUAUUCAAGGGCACAGGCCCAAGCUCACUGAUUUUCCCAUUGCUCUUCUGGCUAUAGUCCACCUAAUAAGGCUGGUGAUCAUGGGAUUGAUAGCUACAGACAUUUUUUUGUCAUGGAGGGGGUGGGAUGACAUCACGUGUAAGCUCAUUAUGUUCUUGUUCAGGUUUUUCAGGGGGCUCUCUCUCUGUGCCACCUGCCUGCUGAGUGUCCUCCAGGCCGUCACUCUCAGCCCCAGAAACUCCUGUUUAGCAAAUUUCAAACAUAAAUCCCAACAAUACAUAUUCUUUGCCUUUCUUCUUGUGACUGUCCUCUAUACAUGCAUUGGCAGUCAUCUCUUAGUGUAUGUAAUUGCUACCCCUAAUUUGACCUCACAUAAUUUCACAUACCUCACUGAGUCUUGCUCCCUUUUACCCAUAAAUUACCGUGACCAGCAUACAUUUGUCAUAUUGUUGACCUUCAGGGAUGUUGUCCUUAUAGGUCUCAUGGCGCUCUCAAGUGUGUACAUGGUAACUUUCUUACACAGGCAUAAGAGACAGAGCCAGCAUCUUCACAGCACCAUCCUUUCUUCAAAAGCAUCCCCAGAGCAAAGAGCCACCCAGACCAUUCUAGUGCUCAUGAGUUUCUUUGUCAUGAUGUCUGCUUUUGACAGCGUUAUCUCCUACUUAAGAACUUUGACUGGUGACCCAAUAUUCCAUUUUAUCCUAUAUCUUGUGGCCCAUAGCUAUGCCACAGGCAGUCCUUUGGUGAUCCUCAGCACUGAAAAACGGUUUACUAACAUCUUGAGAUCAAUGCGUUUAAGGAUAGUAAGCAUACGAUUAUUCAGGGAAGGGUAG